GUCAACAAGUUUUGAAGUUUCUUCUCGUUGUCAAAAACAAAAUUUUUCUCCGUCGCCAAAACGAUAAAACGCCAUUUUGCAUGUGUCGCGGAAAAAUGUUUUCGUUACCGGAAAAACAGUGAAUUUUGCAGUGAAAAUUGAUGGCUUAUCAUUCUGCGGGGUAGAACUUGGAGUGCUCGCUGGUCUAGACGGGGGACCUGGGCCGGGUUCGACCGAAUUGCAGUGUUAUUGUCAGAAGCAGUAGUGAUUGUGGGGCAGCCAGCGGAAGAAAAUUUCUGGACGAAGGAUUUUUUUUUUCGUUUCGUAAGCAAGUUACUGGCUUACUGUAUGUGGAAGAAAGAUAACUGGGAAUAAAGUUUACGGUUCUGCGACAAGGAACAACCCAAACGAAUCAAAAUGAUGUUCACGGGCACAAAUCAACAGCAGGACACGCGCUUCAGCGAUAAGGAGAAAAAAUUGUUGAAGCAAAUGAAGUUCGGAGAUAAUCUUAACAAGCGUGUGGACAUGUCGAAGGUCAAGCUGGAUGUGCUACGGCCAUGGAUAAGCAAAAAGAUAACUGAAAUGCUGAACAUAGAAGACGACGUCAUAGUAGAGUUUGUCUAUAAUCAGUUGGAAGAGGAAAAGUAUCCUUGCCCGAAGAAAAUGCAAAUCAAUAUGACUGGCUUUUUGAAUGGAAAGAAUGCAAGAGUAUUCAUGGAAGAUCUUUGGGCAUUGCUUUUGUCCGCGCAAGAAUCUGAUAGCGGCAUCCCUGCAGAGUUUAUAGAGCAGAAAAAAGAUGAAAUAUUGAAGAGAGAAGAGGAUUCCAGGCAUCAGGAUGACUCACGGUCUCGACGCUCCCGCAGCAGAGGUGGCAGUCGGGACAGAGAUGAUCACAAAAGAUCGAAAAAAGAAGUGCGCCCAAUGUACAAACCGGAACCCGAAGAAUACAUGGACGAGGAGGAAAAAAUGAUUGAAGAUUUCAUAGAAGCCGAUGUUCCUAUCUCCAAGGAGAAAGAGUCGAAAAAAGCGGUGGAAGAAGCUAAGGCUCCCAUCGUGAAAGAACCAUCUCCGGAUCGCAACGUAAAGAUUUCGCCGGAAAAAAUGAAAGAAACUAAACCGGACAACCCAGGAGAGAAGAAUCGUCGCAAGUCUCGAGAUCGCUCACGUUCCCGCGAUCGACGCCGUUCUCGAGAACGUCGUUCAUCGAAAGAUCACAAAACAUCUCGGGAUCGAAAAUCGUCGCGUGACAGACGCCGAUCACGCUCGCCUCGACGAUCGUCGGACCGCAGCAAGAAGCGAAGCCGCUCGCCGAGGGAUAAGAAGGAUCGUGAUGGACGCGGCAAUCGAGACAACGAUCGUAAACGUUCGCGAAGUACAUCCCGCAUCAAGAAGUCCACAACCAAGGAUAAAUCCGCUGAUAAUGGAGCAAUUUCAAAGCUUCAAUCCAAACUGAUGAACAUGGCCGAGGGAAAGAAAAUUUCUCCGACAACGAAACGUCGCAGUCGAACCCGGUCCACAUCGAGAUCAAGAUCCAGAUCACGCUCGGCCAGCAAGAAGAAGAGCAUAAGUCGUUCGCGCUCGAGAUCUAGAUCCAGGUCAAAGUCUAAGCCCAAAAAGGGUAGAAAAUCGCGUUCCCGAUCGCGUCGUUCCCACAGUUCCGACUCAUCACGUUCAUCUUCCAGUAGCCGCAGUGGAGAUAGAAAGAAAAAGUCAAAAGGAGGCAGCAAAAAGCGCAACGGGAAAAGCAGAAGUCGCAGCCGAAGGAGCAGCCGUAGCCGUAGCCGCCGUGAUACGUCACGAUCACGUUCGAGGUCACGUAGUAGCCGAUCAUCUUCGCGUCCUACCAAAAAAGAUGACUUCGAGAUCCAGAAAAAGGAAAACAGUAUCCAGAAAAAGCGUCACUAUCGUUCGAACAAAGAUUCGUCCGACUCGGAAUCGGAUCGUGGAGGACGAGGCGCUGGUAGAAAAGGGGACCGUGGUGGGAGGGACCGCCGUUCCCGCUCUCGAGGCAGACGUGAUGGGUCACGAGGCCGCAAAGACCGCUCACGCUCUCGACAUCGCUCCAGAUCGCGCAACAGAUCUCGAUCGAGAAAUCGAUCCCGUUCUCAAAAACGCUGGUCGAGAUCACCUCGAGGAGGGAAAGGACGAAGCAAUCGCGGUAAAUAUAGUGGCAGCGGAACCGGUAGCGGGAGCCGUAACAUUGGAAAUGACAACGGCGCCAGCCGCCGCCGCUCGCCCAUCCGUGGUGGUCGAGGCGGUGGAGGUGGUGGGAGUAACAGCAGUGGCAACUUCGCUUCUCAGCCGAGACGUGGUGAGAGUUCGCCAUCCCGGGACUACAGCCACGGAAACCGUCGUUCCUCAAGAGAGCGCCAAGGCAAUCAAUGGCGCCGGUCGGACGAACAGUCAGCAUCUGCAAGGGCACCCAUGGGUCCACCGGCUUCUAGGUUCGAUGAUAGACGAGGUAACAAUGCUCGACCUAGUGCUAACAAUAGUAACAGUAAUAGUAAUAGGGAUAUUGGCCGCGAGCAACCAGAUGCUAGACGAAGACCAGUCGAGAACCGUGGUAAUUGGGAUGAUGAUCGAAAAGGACCGAUGAACAUGUCUGACGGGGAUAUGACGUUAGAUUCAGGUGAAUUUUGGGAUGAUGGUGGUAGUGCACCAAUCAUUUCAGAUAUCAAACCCACAAAGGAGAAAAAACCUGUUGUUGAUGUUGAAGAAAACAGAAAAUUGACUAAGAAGCAUGAAGCUUCAAAACGGGUCGAACCGGUUAAAAAGGAAGUUGUCAAAAUGGAGGAGAACAAACCGAUUAUUAGAGCAAGGUAUAGUAAGAGUUUAUCAAGGACUCCCUCGCCAUUCCUUAAACCACAUGAACGAGUAGCUGCUGCAAGCACUAACGCUUCAAAUAAUGCUACUGUAGUCGCCAACGUUGCGGUCCCAAAAGAAGAUAAAUCUGUAGCAAAACCAACGGUUAUAGCCAAAGCAAAAGCAAAGGCUAGUAGUAGCAAGAAAGAUUCCAGCGAUAGUGAAACCUCUGAAAGCAGCAGCGAAUCAGAAGAGGACGAGAAAGUCUCGCGUAAGAAGAAAAUGAAAAAGAAACAAUCUAAAAAACGCAGACAUUCAUCUUCAUCAAGCGAAGAUGAUUCCUCAGAUGAUAGCGAUAAAGAUGAAGAGUCUCCAAAGAAACCCACCAAGCAGGACUUGGCUGCUGCUGCGCUCCAAGAAGAACGUAGGAAGAAUGCAUUGAAGCUAGAAAAGGAGAAAGAAGCUGCUGCAGCAGCAGCAGCCGCAGCCGCCGCAGCUACAGCCGCUGCCGCAGCAGCUGCAGCAAAAGCCAGAGAAGAGAAUAAGAAACGCAAACGAACGAUCAGCUCAGAGUCCAAAAACACCGAAGAGAAGAAGAUGAUGUUGAAGGAAAUCAAGGCAAAGAAAGUUGAGAAGCCUUCAUCAUCAUCGUCUAGCGAUUCGGAAACUGAACGGUCGAAGAAAAAGCGACGAAAGGAUAAGAAGAAACGUGAAGCUUCUGACGGCAGCUCUUCUGAUUCUGACAGUGUAAGGAAGAAAAAGCAUAAGAAGCACAAGAAACAUGCCAAGAAGCAUAAAAAACACAAGAAACAUAAGAAGAACAAGAGCAAGCAGCGGGAUAGUAGCUCCUCAUCCUCCGAUGAUGAUGAUGAUGUGCGGGGCCCCGGAGGACCCGUCAUAAACGACGAUCUAGAGAAACAGUUGCGAGAAAGAGCUCUUAAAUCGAUGAAAAAACAACAAAGCAUUUCUGAUUAAGGCAUAAUAAGUGACAUCUUCAAAGGUAUGUUAAUAUUUUACGAGCACUUUGCGUAAAUUUUAGGAUAUAAAACUUCAUCGUAAUUGUUUCUCAAUUCUGUACCAAAUAAGGUAAACGAACUGCUUCGCAAACGACUUACAAUUGUAAAACUCUUCUAAAACUUUAAGAAUAAGAAUGUAGUUUUAUUAAAACAUCCUAGGGGCAGAUUGAUAACUAUUGAUUUUAUAGAAGACAGGAAUAAAUAUCCGUUGAUCCGGCUUAA